AUGGGACGCCGGAAAGCACUAGGUAAGGAUUUUCAAUACACACUGCUGCAAUUAUUUAAUAUAUUAUUUUGAAUUCUGAAUAUAUCAAAGAUAGGAGCUAUUUGUUUUACUAAGAUGUGUGCUUCCUUCUCCUAGAAAACACUUUGAGUUAGACAUUAGUAAAAAUAAAAAUGUUCCAAAUUAUUCACACCAUAAUACAUAAUAUUUACAAGUUUUUUCCCCUGUGGUACCUAUCUUUAUCUUUAUUUGAAAACAGUUUAUAGAUUCCAAACAAAUUUUUUUUAAAAAGUUUUAAAUCUGACAACAAAAAUGUCAUAACUCAUAUCUACAUUGGUUUUAUUUUAGUUGAUUUCUGGCUUAUCCGGUCUACAAAAUAGAAAACAAUCCUAAUACUAUAACUCUAUUUGGGUAGAUACUAAUAUCUAAUGUACUGAGCUUCAAUCGGAAAUGAUUUGUUAUUAUUUCAGUGCCCAUAUAGGUACGUAUCUUAAACUAAAUUAUUGGUACCUACCCUAUAAGUACUUACCUUCAGUGCUUGAUUUGAGGGGGGCUGAGUACCUCAACUCAUUUUUUGGAUAUUCUAGCUUACCCCUACUUUUGUUUAAAAGAGAAAAGGAUAAGACGGGUUAUUAUUUAAGAUUACUUAAUUUAUAAAAUUGCUCAACCCGCAUAUAUCAUCUUAGACUAACUAACUAGCAAUAUAGCAAAAUGUACCUUACUUAGACUGCGUAGAACUAACUUAAUUUUGACUUUACAGUAAAAGCGCCUACUAUAAAAAUAAAAGAGAACAUUAUUUCAGAGGAAACGUGGUGCAUUUCUUUGUUUCAAUUCAUUUUUUGAAAUGUUACAAUCAUUUAAAAACGAUUUAUUAGUUUUAAUUUCUAAACGAUGUAUUGAACGUUGUAUUCGGAAUAUUAAUUAGAAUACUAGGAUUGCAACGUCUUGCUCUCCAGGGUACUGUUUUCUUUAAUAUUAUAAUAAUUGAUUUCACUCUAAAACUACAAUCAAGCGAGUUUUACGCAGUCUGCGUAAGGUAGAUUUUGUAAUAUAGCCCGUUAGUUGGACUGAGACAGCACAUACGAGUAUAACAUCCUUUGAACACAAAAAUCUAAAGGGAGAAAUUGUAUAAAAAGAGGUAAUGUGAGGGAUAUUAAAAUGUUAGGGACACUUUAGUUAGAUUACCUACCUCUACUACUUUAUUCCCAAGUCAAUCAUUGCUUACCUUUAACCAGGAGUGCCACAUAGGGAGUUGUUGGGGGCACUGCAGUACCCCAUAACAAACCGGGGUUGUAAGAAAAAUUGGUAAGAGCCGGGUAUACUGUAUAUGAGUAUUUAAAAUAGUGAGCUACCCAAUUGACAUUUUAAAAACCGGGUGCCUAUGCCUAUAACCAGAGGCUUCAAUACUUUUUCGUACUGUACACUUUAUAUCAAACCAUACUAUCAUAAAGCCCCUCCUCCCGGAAUUAUGGUGGGGGGAGUUUUGAUCAGCACAUCAAUGAAAAAACAACCACUCGUAAGUUAAUUACAAUUUGCAUUUUCAUGUAAAUUUUAUAUGUAUUCAUUUUAACAUAUAGCCCAUUUUUUUUUUUUUUUUUUAAUGGGUUCUAAAUCAAUAUAGUACCUACCUUACAGACGUUAUUUUAGAUUUUCUUAGAGGAACUAAAUUAGUGUAAUUAUUUUUUUGCUUCUAUAAAAUAUCUCAAAACAAUUUUAAAAAAUAAUAAACAAAUAAUACAAUCUACUUAUCAUGAAUAUAAUAAAUAUUAAUUACACAAAUGAUCAGUUUUGAUCCGGUUUUGAUUAUAAUGUAUAACCUACCUAUAAAUUAAACAUCGAUAAUAAAACUAACUUUAAUCUAUUCUGGGUCUUCAUCAUCUUAGAAAUAAUAUGUGAUAAUUGUCGAUGCAUUACAGCUUAACUUGUUGUUACAUAAAAAUGUAAUUAAGAUGCAUUUUAGAAUUUUUUUUCUCCAAUACAAAUUAUUAAAAGUGCAAACAAAUGUAAAAUCAAAAAAUAAUAAACAUAAAUAUCAUGAUAUAUAGCUGCUACACAAAGUAACUAUAACUACACAAAGUGCGUCAUACUCAUACUACACACAAUUUUAGUCCCUGCCUAUAAAAGUACCCAUAGUACUAAAGAUGUCUGAUUUUUAUAUUUUAGGUUUUCAAUUUAUUAUUAUUGUGUGCCGUUUUUUUUUCUUUAUAGAACUCUGUCUCCGUCUUACAAAUAAGUGACCUAUUAAAGUUUUUUUCGAAAAUUUAAUUUUGAAACGAGAUAAAAAUCAUUUUUAAAUUGUAAUAUUUCACAUAUUUAUUACUUAUACUUAUAUCUCGCUUAAAAUUAUAGAUAACGAAAAAUCACCGUAACAACACAGAUGACGCUUUUCCCAUUAAUUUUAAUAAUAGUCAAUACUGAAUUUACUGUUGAAACUAACAACCCAAAAUUGGUUCUACUGAACGCAAAUUUGCUGAACACAAAUUUGGGCAUUUGUAUGAUAGAGAAAACAAGUGCGUGUAUAUAGCAUAUUCUUAAUAUAAUACGUCAUUUUUUUGUAGAUAUUUUUAUACGUAUCUCUCAUAGGGCCAUACUCAGCUUUGUCGGGUCCCGGGAAAACUAAAUAUUCCGAGCCCUUUUAUUUGUUAAGAGUUAGUCUUGAUUUUUAAUUGGCAAUUUUUUUUGUAGGCCCGGGUCCUUUAAAAAUAGACUUAGGACCCGGACAAAUGACCCGAGAAAGUACGGUUCUGUUCGUAGAAAUAAAUUGUCUAUCAUUUUCUGGCUUUUCUUAAAUGUAAAUUUAAAUCUACAAAAAAUAAUAUUAAUAAUUGUAUAAUAAUUGUUUAACGUUUAAUUGCAGUGUUUUUUUUUUUGGAAAUAUUCCUAACUAUUACUGACUGUUCCUCGAACAACAAACGGUACGACAUUUGCAGGCCGUUUAAUCAGAAAAAAGUUAUUUAUACCACCGUCGGAUCCCGGGGAACCGUUUAUGCUAAGAACGACAGUAAUUUAUUCAACCUGAACUAUUCUAAACUGAACGUAACUAUCGUUAGAUGGGUGAUGGGUAAAUACACUGCAGCUAGGCAAUUUAUUUGUACAACAUGCACCGUGUUACAGGAGAGUUUCUCCAGACAAUGUUCUUUGCACAUUCUUUCGUGCCCGUCCUGCAUGGUCAACUUGCGUUUCAAAGACGUAAACUUAACGUGCAGUAAAGAAGGUGUCUGCAAUUCGGUAUGUAUCGUCGAGCCGCCCUAUUUGAUACUACGGUCCCUAAAAUGCGUCGAUGGAACUGCGAAAAAUAAUUCGUCGAUCCACUAUAAGUCGUUGACCAGUCAAGUGAAUUUGAAUUUCGUGUCUAGAUAUCCGUACAGACACGCGUUUACAGCGGAAUACCUCAUCACCAGUAAAUGCAUAUUCCUUAUAGUAAUUAUUGUGAUAUUUAUGAAUUAUUAUGGGUAACAUUCUUUGAUAUUUUAUUUUUAAAAAUAUUUUGGUUUUAUAGGCAGUAAUUAUUUAGGUAUUUUUUUUAAAAACGUCUAGUACAUUUUCAUACGAAUGUUAAUAAAAUUAAAAAAAGAAAUAAUAUUGUUGAUGUAUGCGCCACUGUUGUAGGUGGAUGGUUGAGAAGGUAGAAUAUAUAAAGUAGUUUAAUUUAUAUCUGUAAGUAAUAAAAAAUCUUUGUUAAUAAAAAUAUUAUGAAUAAAUUAAAAUUAAUUUUGAUUUUCCCAAAAGGUUUCCCAAUAAAUGAGAAAAACGGGAAAAAAUAUAACCUAACCUAACCGCGGAGAACAGGAAAAUAGGUACAAUAUUAAACAAAUAUUAUCAAAGGAAAUGUUUAACGCAAAUUGAACAUUGCAAUUAUUUUAUUAACACAUGACAUAAAUAAUAUCGUUAACAAGUAACACUAUUAACCGAACUUCGCUCAGAAUCAUUUUUUCAUUAGCAAUGGUUAAUCGCUGUUUACAGAUAUAUAUUAAAUUCCCAUCUAUAUCCUACCUUCCCAUCUUCUUACCUACACUAGUGACUGCACAUGUCCCCAUUAUCCUAGGAUAGUUUUUUUUGUUUGACCACUAAAUACAACUUACUUAACUUCUUGUUAAUUUUAAAAUAUUUCUGUUGCGUCAAAUAAUUAUAUCCACAUGUUUCACAAACAUAAAAUGACUAUAAAUAGUUCAAAAAUAUUUUCUGAGUAUUUUUAACAGAAUUGCAACGAAAAAAAAAAAAUUAAAAAUAAUAAAACCAUUAAUUCCCUAAACUUUCUCGUUUUUCCUACCUCUAUUUCCGGUUCUGUGAAAUUAGUGAAAAAAAUAUAAUGGAAAUAAAACGAAUUUCAUACUCAACAUCUAGAUUCAAAAUGCCAAAAAAAAGGUAUCUUGUUUUUUUUUUUUAAUGGAGCAACAUGUCCGAUAGAAAACAAACCGUACAAAUUUAAAAUUAUUGUAUGUUAUAAAUUUGUUCAUUUUCAUUCUACAUUUUUCCCGAGUUUUCGUAAUUACAAUUAAAACUGCUUGGAAAAUAAAAAAAUACUUACUUACCUACUAACUAGAUCUAAAAUUAAAGAAAAAAGUCUCGUGUUAUUUUUCGAUUGAAGCAAGUUUUCUGGUCGAAAAGUUGUUCACAGACAAAAAAAAUAUCACAUAUAUAGAAAUAUCAAAACACUCCUCGUUGCGCUCACAAUUUAAUAUAAUUUUAAAUUCAUAUGGUGCAAUGGUUUUACUAUAUCAAGUACUUUUUUCUUCAAAAGUAAAAGAGAAGUUGUCAAUAACUUUUCUUUUAAAAUUCUUGCUUCAAUUAUAAAAAUCAAAGGUGUUUUUAGUAGACAAUUUAGCCAUAAUUUUUGCUUUUUUAAAGUAUUUAAGUACUUUUUUCGACUUUUUUGACGUUUUUAAGCGCCUGUUUGUGGAUUAUAAAAGAAUAUAAUUCCGGUCUCGAUUUUUUUUUUUAUUUAUUUAUUUGAAUACGAAUUCAAAACGACGAAUUAACACAGAAGAGUUGAGACAUAGAUAAACGACAAUGAUACAGAAAUAAACAAUUAUAAACCUUUAAAUAAAAAAGCCUAUUUAUUUAGGUUUCUAUUUAUUACUAACUACUAUACAUUAAUAGGAAACACUCAGUUGGCGGAAAUAAAACCAGAAUUCAACAAUAAAGCGAAUAUUUCAUUUGGAGGAUACGUCAGUACUCCGUUUUUUCCGAUUUCGUAUCCGAACGACUUGACAUUUGAACAGGUGAUCAACUGCAAAGCUUCUGUGACAUGUCUGAUACAUUUGAUAUUUGUGGAUUUUCAAAUAGCCGAAGAGUCCAUUAUCGAGGUUGGUAUAAUAUAAUUUGGGUAAUUCUUUUUAAUAUUAUAAUAUUAUACAUAGUUAAUAUCUUGGAUAAGGUAUAGCUUCAAGCAUACAACUAUAGACACCUCUGGAUACUCUAUAUUAUAGAGUCUAUAGUGCGCAGUUCUAUAACUUGAAUUAUAUUGAUAAAUUAUUUACAUUUUUACAAUAAGAGCAAUGUAAAAAUAAUAUAAAGCUAUAAUAUGAUUAAAAUUUAAGUAACUAAUUUUAAAUUAUAUAUUAUUUUAUAAUAUACAUAAUGAUAUACAUCAGUAUAUAUUUAUUAGCUGUAUUACCCAUACAUUUUUUUUUUUUAGUUUUGAUUGAAAUAUUUAGGUAGGGGAGAGGGAGCACAUGAGACAUUACAUUUUUAAAUAGACACAUGUCAUUCAAUUUGAAUUGUAUAAAAAUAGUUUUUGUUGUUUUUUUUUUUUUAAACAAACGUGCAUUUUAGUAUAUUGUUAUUCUCUAUAUAAUUUUUUAAAUUUGUUUUUUUUAUGUAUCAUUUUUUACAAAGUAUUUCCUCAGUCAGAUUUCCUUUUAGAAAAAAUACUAUCAUUGUAAAUCGGAGCAAAAUUUCCGCUAGAAAAGUUAUUCACAGGAAAAAAAGGCUGUAAUAUUUUUUCACCCAAUAUCUACAUUUCGUACAUUUUCCCUUUUGUCUUCUUUUUAUCCAAUUUAUUAGGGAAACUUCUGGGAAAAUCUAAAAAUGAUCUCUCCAAGUACCGCCCCAGUCAGAUUUCCUUUUAGAAAAGUGAAAAAAAAAUAAACAUAUUUGUAAAACCAUAAACUUCUUCAUUCCACUUAGAAUCUAAAAACAAUAAUAAUAUGAUAGUUAAAAACCUUUUUAUAUAAUAUUAUAAUAUUUUCAGUUUUGAAAAUUGUGGUGUGAUUACAUUUUAAAGAAAAACAAAACAUAAUAUAACAAUUUGAUAGUUAAAGAAAAAAAACAAUGUGUCUUAUUUUACCCCGUCUUAUAGAAUCCCAUCCAUUUUAAGUUUAAUAGUUAAAAAAAGUACCUAAAAUGCAAAGUUUUAUAUGUGUAAUAAAUAUCAGAGUAAGAAUUUUUUUCUUCUUAAAUAUAUAUAUAUAUAUAUACCUUUAAAAGAAAUUAUACAACACAAAAAAACUGUUGUAUUUUUUCGUAUUGACAAUAAAAUUGCGGGAAAUGUUGAUAAACAUGACCCAAGUUAUCAGAAUCAAUAAACCGCUACAGAAUGGAAACGUUAUAUUUAACCAUGAACAUUAUCAACUUUAAUGUUCAUGCAUUUAACAUUACAUAUCGUUGCAUAUCGGUAUGAACUUCUAGAUUUUAUUUCUCUGAUAUUUAUUUACAUUGUCUCACUGUGUCCCAUUCUCCCUAUAAUUGUAUAGACAUUAGACUUAGUUUGCAAUCUUAGGAUGCAUUCAUGAUUCACUUCCAUAUAUGUAUAACUGUAUAAGUAUUAUUGAUAUGUAAUUCAAAAAAUACAUAUAAUUAUGUUUAAUUUAAAGACAAAAAAAUAAUAAUUUAACAAAUAUAUAAGAGUUUUCAACAAUAAUAAUUGGUUCGGUGCCUCGUCAGUAACGGUUUCAUAAAAUGUUUGUGCCCCCUUAAAGAAACCCAAAUAGUAUCCCUACAUAGUAGUGUACCUAUUGGUAUUAUUAUUAUAGUAUAAUAGUGUGUACAAUGUAUAGGUAUAGGCACAAAUAUUUGGAGGGGGCUUAAAAGUCGAUAAUACUGAUUAUGCGUAUGCCUAUACUUCCUUGUAUUUUCUUAAUAAGGACUUGAUUUGUGGGAAAAAGCACCACUUUUUGUUUGCACUUAUGAAUGUACCUAUAGGUACUUACUGAGGUAUUAAUUACUAUUAUUAUUAUUAUUAUUAUUUUUUGUUUAUAUAUUAUACGUAUUUGAAUUGUUCGUGGGCAGUUUUAUGAUUCGGACAGAAAAAGAUUAGGGGUAACCGGAGGUAUAACGUUUAGACCACCUGUGAUGUUAUCUUCCGGACCGAUGCUGUAUAUUAAGUUUUUCGCCAAUGCCGGAUCUUCAAUCGGAUACAAAGCACAAUAUUCAUGCGUCCAAGGUACACUUAUUUUACUCUAUCUUUUAAAAUAUAAUAAUUUCAGCGUAGUGAUUGAUUUUACUAUGAUGUGAUUUUCUUUUCUGAUUAAAUAACUUACGUGUAUACACCAGAAUUUGAUCAUCAAUUUUAGGGUAAGUAUCAACUUUAGGUUUGGUUGCAAAUUUUCUAGUCGGUGUAUUAGAUAGGUUAGUUUUUAAUUUUUUAAAAAAGUACCUACCAAAUAAAAAUUACAUAAAAAAAGUCGAAAAAUUAAAACGUCUAUAAAUAGCUAAAAAAAAGUGCUGAACAUUUACCACGUCUAGAAAAAAUAAAUAUAAGUUUUCUGUUAACAUUUUAUGUCCCUAUACGAAUAUUUGAACCUGAAUUACAACGAAAAAACAAAAUUGAAAAUAAUAAAAGCAUUAUUUUCGUAAAGUAACCCGUUAUUUCUACGUUUUUUCGGAUAUGUUCAAUUAUUAAUAAAACCACAGAGAAAAUAAAAAACCAACUAUCUUGGUUAUAAAUUAAAAAUUCAACAAAAAAAAUCUCUUGACGUUUUUCUAUUAUUUCAAAAACACCUUGGAACAUCAACAAAUUAUCUUCUCAGUGUACCAACAAGAGAAAAUAACUUUUGAGAAAAGGUGCUAUGGUCUAGAACUUAGGAACAAGUUUCCUGAUAUAAGUAGUUGGUAAGUUGUUCAAGAUAGAAAAAAUAUAAACUAAAAUAUUUACUUGUACAUCAUAGUAAAACCAAUAUACCCCUCGCUACGCUUCGAAUUUAAAAUGUGUAUCAUUAAAAAACAUGUUAUUAAAAAUUAGUAACUAAAAUCUGAUUAAAAUUUGUGAAAUAAUGAGUAUUUUUAAAUUUAAUGAAAAACGAAAGGAAUAAAACGUCGAAAGUGGUUGAUGGAUUUAAAUUUUGUUUUCACAAAUUUUUAAAAUAUUAACACAAUUAUAUUGUCAGUCCUAAAUAUGAAAAAUGGGAAGGAAAAUAUUAAUUUUACAAAAAAAUGUCUAAAAUGUAAUUUAUGUAUGAAUAAAAAUUAUUUAGGUGUAAUAUAAUAUUAUAUAAAAUAUAGCCAGGCCGCAAUUUACAUAGUAUAAUAUGAAUCCCUUUUUUAGGGGACGUAAUUUACCAACUCCGCCUCAUUAAGAAAACAACAAUAUUACCACUACUAGUUACUGAUUUUUCAACAUUUUUUUUUCAGGAAAUGUUCAAGAUUCCAUUUUAAAACCAAAUACGAGUAAGAAAAAAAUAAUAGACAUGUUAUUAUUUUAGCCAUUAGUACUCCAUAUACAGUUGCAUAGCAGAUUUUGAAUUUGAGGUAGCCAAUCACGUUUUUGCUUGAGACAUUGACGUAGAUUUGAGGUUUUGAACCUCCCAAAAAAUCUAGAAAAGCGUUUUCAUCAGUAUGCAUUUUAAUCUAAUUCCUACUUUAAACGAACAUGUAUACAAAAACUUAAUAAUCAAAUUAUUUAUAGAAUAUUCACUUGAUUAUACUUAAUUAUAGUAUAUUGUGUUAUGUCUUGGCAUAACUUAUAUAGUAUAACUAUAUUUAUUCUCAUUUGACAGUUGCAUCUUAGAAGAAUUUUAAAUAAGCACGUACUUUUAUCAUUUUUUGAUUGUUAUUAAUACUAAUAUUCUCUAUAAAUGUAAUAAUUUUCAAAAUAUCUUGGAUGUUUUUGAGUUAUUUGAAAUUCUUUAAAUUUACACGAAUAAAAUUGUUUUUAUCAGUUAAAAGUUUGAAAAUUAAGUACUAUAAUUUUAGUUGUGCUUUGUAAAUUUUACUUUUCGAAAUAAAUUGUAUGCUAUAGAAUGUCACAUUUUUGUGAUAUUAUCAAUCUUUUAUUUCUUGUUUAAAAUGACUUCGUAUAAGUUACAAACUUAAAGGUUCUAGCCAAAAUGUUCGGGAGGUUAAUAGAGAACAAAUUGAAUAUGAUUUUUUACAAGUCUGUAGCUAGACUAAAUUUUCGGGAGAGGUUUUCAAUUGAACUUUCUAUUAUUUUUAUUAUAAACAUAAAAGCAUUUAGGUAUCUUAAAAAUAACAAACAAUAAUUUUGAAUAUGAAAAUUGACGGUAGGGGGUUACGUACGGCAUCCCGAGUAGAAACUUAGGUUUUCAGAACGUUCAAUUUAUAACGGUGUUGAACUCAGUCAUAAAUUUAUACCAGCAAACAAAGCAAACUAACUAGAAAACUUAAAGGGAAGUUGAUUAACUGUUUGUGCGUGAGUAGUUUUUUGGUUAUUUUAACUUUAAGCAAGAUAUUAUGAGUUUGUGAAUUAUCACAAUUUAAAAAUGCUUUUAUCUCGCUUAAAAGUUAAAAUACCGAUAAUGUUUAUCCAUUUAAGUUUAAUAAUAGGACAAUUCACAUUAACACUAAAACGAAUCGUAGAAAAGUACUAGUAUGCAACUAUACAAGUAUUAAUUUUAAAAUUGAUUUUGCAUAUUUGCUCUUUCGUUCGUUUAUAAAUUGGAGACGCCAAAUGCAUGUGUAUCAUCUACUUAUGCCUAUCUCAACCGCAGAUUUCCGCGGAUAUGUAUACUCUGCCAUCAAUUUUACACUGAUGAAAAUAGUUGACAAUGUUACUUGAAAACAGAAGCGUUAGAUAAAUACAUUAUAUACACAGAUAUUAAAUGAUAAUCAAUGGGAUACCUAAUAGUAAAACGUAUAGCAACAAAUCGAAAUUUCUAUUGUAUUGAUAUUCAGAUUGCGGAGGAUUCGUGGAAAAUAAAGGCGGUGCUAUUACAAUGAUGCAUAUGGUCGAAGAGUUUGAACCGGCCAUUUUGUUCGAUUGUAUAUGGUUGUUUCGAACGUCACAUAAAUAUUAUAAUUCAAAGACACAUAAUUUGUACAUGAAAGUCAUAACUUUGAACGAUUUAGGUAAGAUAAGCUAAUAUACUAAGCUAUAUAGAGUGUACCACGUAGAUAUGACCAUUAGCCGAAACAUUAUUUUAGAUAUCUUGGAUAAUAUUACAUUUUUUCGGUUAUUUAUUUUUUUUACAAUUUAAGAAACUAGUCUAAGUAGCUCUAUAAUAUGAUAUCAACAUUAUUUUGUGUCACCCUUAUUUUUGAGGGUGAAUCGACUACCAACUUUUAAUUUUAUAAUGGCAACUUAUCUUAAAAAUUGUAUUAAUAGACGAAGUAUUAGUUUAAAUACAUUUUGGAGUUGAAAGUUUUGAUUACCUUGAUAAGAUAUUCCAUUUUAAAUUAAUUAUUUGUCUUUUUAUGGAAUUUUUAAUAUUGGUUUUUAAAUCAAAAGUAGCUAAGGAGCCAAUUUCAUCCUCAAAAAAAAUGACAAAAAAUAAUACAGAUGUAAGAUAUUAGAACUACUUGUUUCUUAAAUUGUUAAAAAAAAAAAAACCGAAAAAGUUAAUACUUUUUAAGAUAUCGUAAUGAUCAUAUUAUAUUUAUGAGACACUAUGUAAUAUUAUUAAUAUAUAUAUAUUUAUUUAUUUAUAUGAAUGCACUUUCAGUAUAACAUACACUAUUAUGUUUAUAUAUCCUUAUAAAAAUAAUUAGUACCUAUUGUGUGAUUUUACCAUCGCAUAACAUGAAUAUUAUAUACUUAGGGUAAUAUGUGUGAUUUAAUUUUUAGCCGAAGCCAAUUUGGUCGUCCAAGAGGGGCGUACAUCCGAUGGCCGUUUAUUGCAAUGGAGAAACGGAUCUCAUUUCGUCGAAUUGGCCGUGCCCAUUGAAGUCGGCUAUUACGUUAGACUGACGGGGAAAUUCAAUUCCAAUUCUCGACUGGAAAUCGCUUACGCGGCCUUUUCUCAAUCAAGUAAUUUUAUAUCUACGUAUACAAUUAUUAUAGAGGUCCGAAAAAUACACGUUUUCGUAAUUAAUAUCUAAAUCUAUGAUCCCGGAUCUUUUUUGAAGUAUUUUUUUUUAUAUAUCAUUUUUUACAAAGUAUUUCCUCAGUCAGAUUUCCUUUUAGAAGAAAUACUAUCAUUGUAAAUCGGAGCAAAAUUGCUAGUAGAAAAGUUGUUCACAGAAAAAAAGUUUGUGUAUUGAAAAAAAAACGCACAAUAUAGUAAAACCAAUACAUUCCUGGGCACAUGCCACAUAAAAUAUAUUUUAAGACUUCAGUGCACUUAAGUUUUGUUCAUCAUUAAUAAAGUUUCACAAUAAGAAUUGGUAAAAUUGAAAUUCAACAGUCUAUUUUAGUUCAAUUAAAAGGCUUCAAAGCAUACCUCCUGCAGAUUAUGUUAAAGAGGACGCAUAUUAUAUGCAGUCAAACGUAAAGGGAUUGUGUCCCAUUGUCUCCCCAAUUCAACUCCCAAAAAUAGGUAGUACCUAACUGAUAUUUUAAACUAUCCCUACCUACUCAGUAUAUCUUUAUUAAUACAUCAUGAAUUUCCCUUGAAAUUACUUCUUCUACACUUCCUUAAAAUUAAUCAUCUACAUUUUACACAAACAAUUUUACGAACUAUGUACAAAAACCAUAAUCGUUCGCUGUUUAUUACUUAAUGCAGUGGUUCCCAACCUGGGGUAAUUUUACCCUACCCACUUCUCCCGGGGUAAAACACGAUUUUUCGAGGGAUUAAGAUUAAAUUAUUUUUUUUUGUUCUAUGUACUUUAUAUCUAUUAUUAUUAUAUCUGCAUCAGUCAUGUGUACUACAUGUAGGGUUGCAAAAGUAAUUUUGUAAUAAUAGAAUUGUUGUUAUGUAAUAGUUUUGGGGAUUAUUUUAUCUUAUAUCCAAACGACACUGAUAAUUGUAACACUUUCAAAUAAUAUUUAUAAUAUUAUAUUAUUUUGAAUUUCUUGGAAUUAUUUUUGUUAUAACAACUUCACAUUUUAUAUUCUAUUCAUAUACAAUUUUAUCAAUAUUUAAUUUAAUGGUUUUAACUAGUUGUUAGUCGUUCACCGUUCGUUUAUUAGUAUUCACUGUACUUGUAUGUUCCGUUCACUGACGACCAAUAUUGCCGAUUUUCUGAUUAUUUUGACGUGGAGCAAAAGCAGGUAAGUGUAAUAAUUUUAUUCUUUUUUAUGUUGGGAUUUCACAAUUUUCCUUUGAAUCAGGAACCAUGUCACAGGGGAAAAAAUGCUCAUACGAAGUAGCUUUUCUAUAAUGGUGUUUUACUAAGUUUGUUGAUAAAAGUGUUGAGAAGCCCCAAUCUGUUCUGUACAACAAAGUGCUCACAGCAGAAAGUAUGAAACCAAGCAAAUUAAAAGAACAUUUUGAAAAAAAUCAUCCUCAGUUUGUAGAAAAAGAUAUUGCAUUUUUCAAACGUAAAGAAGCUGUGUUAAAAAAAUGCGCGUAUGGAUUCAUCCGGCUACUUUAUUCAGUCAACUGAAGCUGGUCUUGAAGCUUCGUAUUGCAUCGCUUUUCGGAUUGUGAAAAACAAGAAACCUCAUACAAUUAGAAAGAACCUCAUCAAACCUUGUAUACUAGAUGCAGUUAAGCUCGUUCUUGGAGAGCAACAUGUCGAAAAAAUAAAUAAGAUAUCCCUUUCUAACAACACAAUCAAAAAUCGUAUCGAGGAUAUGAGCAAGAAUAUUUUGGACACUGCUCACUGAAAUAAGGUCAAGUCUUUUCUUCGCAUUACAGUUAGAUGAGUCGACCGACGUUGCAUCUUGUUCCUAGCUACUUGUCUAUGUUCGAUACAUAAAAGGCGACGACUUAAAAGAAUAAUACUUAUUCUCAGAAUCAUUGAGCACUACUGCAUGUGGGGAAGAUGUCUUUUGAACAAUUUUGUCGAUAAAAAGAAGCUGCAGUGGUCAAAGUUAAUAGGUGUCUGUACAAAUAGAGCACCAGCCAUGUUGGGCAUUCGUUUUUUCAAACAUUAAUGAAAGAAAUCAUUCCGUUUGCAUUAUUUAGCCACUGCAUUAUCCACCGUUAUGCUUUGGCAAUGAAAACUCUUCUACCUGAUUUAUUGGACACAUUUACUCAGGUAGUGAAAAGUAAACUACAUCCGAAGCAGUGAGACAAAUACAAAAGUUUUUAAGUACUUGUGUAAUGAACUAGAAGAACAAUUUGACGUCUUGUUGUUCCACACAGAGAUGCGUUGGUUGUCGUGAGGCAAGGUUUUAACAAGAGUGCUUGAGCUACGAGAAGAAUUUGCUUUGUUUCUAGAAAGGAAAAAAUCAGGCAAGGUAAAGGAGAAAGAGUUUCACGCCAAAAUAACAAAUUAUUUAUUUAUUUUUAAACUGGCAUAUAUAUCUUGCAGAUUUCUUCAAAGAAAUAAACACACAUAAUCUCAGUUUGCAAGGGAAUAUGACGAAUAUUUUAACAGCUCAAGAUAAGGUUCCCAGUUUCUUCGUAAAUUGCAACUUUACCAACGCAAAGCUGGAGUUGAGGGCAUUUAAAUUUUCCCAGAACUAACAAUGGUGCUCGACGAAAGAAAUGAAAAAUGCUCAUUCACAGAUCAAAUAACUCUUCACUUAUUAUCAAUAGUAGAUUCAAUCAGUAAAUAUUUUCCAGAUUUGAAAAAUCGUCAAGUAAAUGCUUGGAUGCUAAGACCCUUUUCAGUGAAUGAAAGUGUAUUUCCAGAUAUUAAAAUUGAAGCCAAAGCAUAAUUUUAAGACUUCGUGAAGACAACACAGAAAAUAGAUUUUUAAACACAACUAGCAACAUUUUGGCGAUAAAAUGUUGGCAAGUAUCCGUUAUUAUCGGAGAUAGCAUUGAAAAUACUGAUCCCUUUUUCCACAACGUACAAAUGUGAAAGUGGAUUUUUAACAAUGGUAACAAUGAAAAUAAAAGCAAGAAACCGAUUGAACUUGGUACACGACAUAAGAUGUGCAUUAGCCGAAACUGAACCGAAUAUUAAACAAAUAGAUAGAAAUAAGCAAUAUUAACCGUCUCAUUAACUAACAUUAUCAAUACUCAUUGAUGGUAAUAAAAACCUUUUUUUUUUCGUUUGAAAAAUUUAUAAAUAAAUUAUAAAUAUAAUCAUAAUGUAUAUUUUGUUUUCUUUAUUCUUUUAUUCAAGGGGAGGGGGUAUUUUUAAAUAUCUAACCUGAUUUAUGGGUAAAAGUCUCCAAAAGGUUGGGAACAGCUGACUUAAUGCUGAUGUAACUGUCACGGUCGUUCAGAUCGGUAGAGAGUUAUUUAGUUAUUUUUUCUCAUUAACUUUGAUGUCUUUUUUUAAUCCAUUAGAAGUUGAAUUUUCAAAAAUCCCUCCUAAGUGCUCUCUUACUUGUAUAUGAUGAAUCUCUGUGGACAAUUUCAAGUUCAUGUCUGUAAAUCAGUCAGUUUCUUCUGGAUAUUGAAUUAAUAAUUAAAUAAUUAGUUUUUUUUAGAGAGAGGGGUUUAACCUGAACAAUAAUGUCCAGGGGUGAAAAUAGGGAUUGAUCCCCUCUUUUGAAAUUCCGAUUAGUAAAUUAAUAACUCCUAUAACAAAAACUUAAUAGCCAGAACCCUCAUAAAAAUAAAUUCCUAUUUUUUCUGCAAGUGUCUUAUUUCCUCCAUACACAACAAUUUAAUGAGUCUUGACGUUAUAAAAAUUGAUUAUCAUUAUUAUUUAAUUGUUGAUUAAUUUUAGUAUUUUAGCAAUGCAAUAUAUCUACUGCGUUAUUAUUAUACUAUUUUGAUCUUAAUAACUAUAGGGCCGUGCUUUAGAAACGAAUUCCGUUGCGGCAAUGAACGGUGCAUACCGGUCAGACUGCAGUGCGAUGGUUUUGACCAUUGCGGCGACAACAGUGAUGAAUCGCCCGAGUGCUUUGAAGUCCACGGUAUCUAUGCUUGUUGCUCGUCUGUGUAUAUAAUAUAUAAUCGUUACACUAUGUUAUGAAUACAACUGGAGGACUGACCAGGAGCGCGCAUGGGCAUUAACAUAGUGGAGUGUGAAAACAAUUUUUUAUGUGGAAAAUGGUUCCACUUUUAAUCAAUAAUCAUAGUUACUGACGUAGUGGCGUAUAGUAAAAUGUUGAAAGCACAUGCAGUUAAUAAAAGUAUCCACUCGCCUACCCUCAUACAGUUUCAAACUGGAUGCCAUUGGUCAACCGUGUAAAACAUCCAACCGGCCUAAUCGAUGGCCUUUUAAUUAAGGGGGACAGUAUGGAUAUUAGAUACCACCAUCCCUCACAGAAAAUUAUCGAAGGUGGUUAGUUUUUGCCACCUAAAACCUGUUACCUAAUUUGCAGGUUUUAACUCUCCUUACAAAAAUGCAUAUCUAAGUUCGCCACUAGGGCUAAUUCACAAUCGAUCUCUUAUAACAAACAACAUGAGAAAAUCAUGGAAUCCAAAAAAAAAUAAAUAGUUGGUAAGGUAUGUUGGUUGCAAUACAAGACACGAUAGUCUGAUGGUAAAUAAUCAAUGAAAUACCUGUAUAGACACCUAACAUUUUCUACUAUUUUCACUUUUUCUUUUUAUACCAUUUUAAAAAUAUGAUAUCGCCAGUACCGGCCCAAUUUUUAAUAACACGAUUGUACGCUGGCGUUAUUCGGUCCUGUUCUAUACCAGUAUUCUACAUCCACUCCCUCAAGAGCAUAUGCAUGUGGCAUUAUCUAUUUGGUAAAUGUACACAAUACCACUGUAUAUAUCCAUGUGAGCAAAGCCGCCCAUUGGGUAAUUUUCAUUAUAUUAAAUGACAUUUCAAAAUCUAUUUAUAGCACAUAGAUACUAGGCUGGUAUUUCUUGAAAAGGAAUGAGGAAGAAAGGGUAUGUAAUUAUGUAAACAUUAGCUUUAAAAACAACUGUUAAGUGCUGAACUCAAGACAUUAUAAUAUUUGGUAUAAAUCUAGUUAAAUAAAGCCCAAGCUCGUUUUCAAAAUUUGUUUUUGCGUGUACAUUAAAAACGGAAAAAAAAGUUUAUAGGCGAAUUACGUUUGGAAAUAAUAGGAGAAAAUUUCAUUUAGAAUUUAGGUAACAUUUUCAAUAUUUUUUUUUCCAAAAUUGGUUUUUAAAAGUUUAAUCAAUUGGUAUAUAUCUAUAAUACUUACUUUUAUAUCUAUUUUAAAAUAGUAUAAUGUAUAAAUUAAUAUAAAUAUAUAAAUACAAAACUAGGUAUGUGUGUGAUAAAUGUGGUGUUCCAAAGAUAUUGCAAUUAUGGGAAACAUUAUGGUAAAUGAAGAAAUCAAUUUGUAAUUGAUUUUAGAUCUUGUAUUAAAUGAAGUUGAUGUGGUGACCAGAGGAAGUAAUUAUAAUCGAGACACGAACGACCGAACAAUCAGUAAAACAUUUUCAGGGUUAAAAUGUUACACAAAUUAUGGCAAUGUCGUCGUAAUAAAUCUUAACUGUCUUGUAGCCUUAUUGAUAAUUAAAGAGAUAUGACGGUUGAAAGUUAAAUCAAAAUAAAAGUAAUUCCCAAGCCCUUAAUAUGUGUGACAAUUAGCAACAUAAAGUUUGAUAUUGAAGAUGAAAAUUGUGUAUGUUCAAAUUCAUAUAAUUUUCAACGCACCAUUUUUCAAACUGAAUUAAUAUCACUCUGUACCAAAUAAAUCAUUUAUUGAUUCAAUAGAUCCGAAUAACCUACAAUCAUCAGCAAAAGAGUAAAAUUAAAUCAAAUUUUGGCGAAAAAUGGAGUACCAAGUCUCGUUGCACCCUUAAAUAUAAAUUAUAGAUAAUGCCACCAUGAAUUGGACAGUGUUGUUAGUCAGAUAUUUUUUAAUACUAAAAAUUGUUAAUUUAUAAUAAAAUAAAAUUUUGUAGAUGCGAAUUGCAUAUAUUGCCCAUUUAAUGGCAUAACCAUACCCUAGCACUCUUGGCCAGUCUACCAAUAAUUAAUUUUAGACAUACAUUUAUGUAAUAUCUGUCGUUAUGAAAUUAAUUUAAAUGGUUUCAUGGUCAGACAGAGAAUCAGCAGAAUACACGGAUAAAAGCUGGUAUGCAUACAAGUCCAACUAUUAUUUUCCAAACAGCACAUUAUACUCAAAACGGUAUCACAUCCUUAUAGGGUGUUUUAUAGGUAUGUAUAAUUAGUUUAAAUUUGAAUUCAAGUAAAUAAUUUUAAUAAUCAAAAACAUUUAUUGGUUUACUUUAAAAUAUACCUAUCUAAAAUCUAAGCUAGGAUGUAUAAACACUAAAAUAAUCACAUGAAUUGAAUUAGAUUAUGUAAUUAAAGUACUUAAAGACAGUAAAAUCUAAAUUUAAGUGUACAUUAAAAUAAACAAAAAAAAUAAUUUUCAUUUUCGGAUAGGUAUUAAGUUAUAAUAUAAUAAAGUUUUCUCAAUAAUUGCAGGUUUUAUAGUAUUUUUAAUAAUAAUACUAUUGGCAGUUUACAAAAUUACUACGCAUUAUCACUUCCAAACAAAUUUCCAUAAUCGACUCAUAUCAAUCAGUCAAUUACUCUGUAAGAAUAUACAUCAUAAUUUUUGA